AUGGAUACUUUUAGCACACUCAAAACUCUAAAGAAGUUUAAGCUUAUUGUAUCUCCAGGGAAAAGAGUAUCUGAUUAUGUUCAAAUGCAUGGUUUCUAUUCUAAGCAUGAACAUUUAUACUCAGCUCGAGGAAUAAACUUGCUUGGCCUUUCCCCUCUGCCUCUUCCUCCCAAAACCGGCCUCCUUGUUCCAUCUGACAGGCACCUUGUGGUUGCACAGCUCAGCGCCAGAGCCACCCACCCGGCUCUGCUCCCAAAGGGCUGCUCCUGCUGGGUCCUGUUCUGGGUUCUAGGCCAAGGAGCAGGUUUCCGAGGCUGGAAGGAAGUGAGUUCUCUGUUUAAUAAGGAGGACGAGCAGCAUCUGCUGGAAAGAUGUAAAUCCCCCAAGUCUAAAGUAGCUAAUUUACGAUUAAAAGAAGAAUUGAAGGCAGAAAAGAAACCUGGAUUUUGGGACAAUCUGGUGUUGAAACAGAGUUCACAGCCCAAGAAGCCAGAUGAGAUCGAAGGUUGGGAGCCUCCGAAACUUUCUCUUGAAGAUGUGGCCAUGGAUGUGGGUGACACUGUGAGUGACUGUGCUCCCCGGCUGGACUGGGAAGAAGAUGGGAAGGCCUCCAACAAGUACACCAGCCUGGCUGGCUCCGGAAGCAGCUCGCGCUGGGGCCUGCGGUCGGCAGGGAAGCUGGUCGGCAUCCGCAGGCCGAGCAGAGGCCACCUGACGGACAGCUGGGAGGGGCUGGAGUGAGCGUGAGCUGUGGCCCGGCACCUCUCCUGCUUACCGCCCACUGUGGUGUCUUUCCUCCCCUCUGUGCCUCCUUCCUUCCUCCUCUCGCUGAACUAGAAAGCCCAGUAGUGUCUGCGACUCCUCCACAAGACAGGGACUGGACACUCGGAUGCCUUACUAAGAAGCACUCACCUCAGCUUGGGCUGCUGAAGCUGGGUGUUGGUCUAGCUGCCCCAUGAAAGCUCUUUCCCUGGGGCGGUCUUCAUGCUGCCUCAUAGCCUACAUUGCUUCUUCCUGCAUAGAGACAGGGAAUGGAGCAGUGAAUGCACACAUGCCUAUGGCCAGGAACUUGCAGUCUAGCUGUCAGAUGAUCUUCUAGUGGUCACAGCAAAUCAUAUUUAGUUGCAGAUCACCA